GACCACGAGGGAAAAGUUCAGCAUCAGACCACGAGGAAAGGAAAGCGUUUCUCCUUUGCUUUCUCCUUACCGAAAGCCUCCUCACCCGCCUUCGAAAGGAAACUCAAUAGCUGAAACACAUUUCCAACAACGAACACCAACGAAAAAUUACGAAAUCCAACUCAGAGGACGAGAAAAAGGAAGACCAAGAUCUUUCCCAUUCUUGAAAACUUCGCGAAGAAGCCAAGUUUACAAGCGGAUAUUCUGUGGAACAAAAGUGCAUUGAAAUCUGCAAGAAAGUAUCAAUUUUCUUAAAAAAGAGGAUAAUGAAAUAUUAUUUUAAUUGAUUUGUUUUUAUAAUCUUUGUUUAUUUAUUGCAUUGUUCGAAUUAAUUCUAAGUACACAAAUAAAUAGAGAAAAAGAAAUUGAACUUAAAGUUCGAUAUUCAGAUCAAAUGAAAAAUCGUCUGCGGCGUUUGUGAUAAUAUCGAAUUCACAAAUAUGUCUGAAAAGAAGGAGAAAUUGGUGGUUUGUUUAAGUGGAGGAGGUCCGUGGGGUUUUCGACUUACAGGCGGAGCUGGAACCGGAUUACCUCUAGUGGUUUCGAAAGUACGUAGAAAAAGCAAAGCCUACAAGAAGUUGUUCGAAGGCGAUUUGAUUUUGAGCGUGAACGAUCAUUCUUGCAAGAACCUCACCUACGAUCAAGUGAUGGAGAUUGCAGAUAAAGGUGGUACCGACCUCACCCUAGAAGUCCUAAGGCAAGAAUCUAAUAAAGAAAAUUUGGCUCCUCAAUACAAUACGCCAAUUGAAUCCUCUGUUAAAUCAUCCUCACCUUUGAAAACCAUGGAAAAUGGCACUAUAACAAAAGAAAUAGUUUCUCAAACCGAAACAAUGAAGAAAACAACAGAAGAAAAAGAAGGUCUCAGGAUUAAAUCUGCAACUCUACUGCCAGAUACAAAUUCCAAUUCAAUUGGAAAUUCUUUCGAAAAUUUCACUAGCCAGAAGUUGUACGAGGAUUAUGAGAAGAAGGCAUCUGUAGAGGACAAACCCAUCGAUCCCUUUCCUUCUUUCUCGGAAUUAUUGCAGACCCCUCAGGGACCUCCGAAACCUCCCAGGUGUCCCAUCGAUUCUUCGACGUCCUCGAAAACCGAAGAAAUCAAAAACGACGACAACACUUUUACAAAGACGACGACUGAAACAAAACACGAAAUCAUUGGAAACACAGAAGUGUCUUUCACAAAGAAAGAGCAAGAAUCUGUGUCUCAAACAGUCGUCGACAGUGACAACGUGCCAAGUAUCACGCUGGAUGCCAUGGACUUGAACGAUUUAAUAAAUGCAACUCAGAAAAAGCUGGAGAGUUUCAAAAACGGCAUUGUAAAAGACACGCCGAUAUCACCCUCAGUAUCCAGUAUCUGUGAUGUUAAAAAAACCGAAAUAUUGACCUCUACCUCAGUAUCCGAAACCAAGACUUCGGAAGCAUUCAGUUCUCUGAAACAAGUACCAUUUUCUAGUCCAAUCACAGACUCCACAAAUAAAACGGAUUCUAUGGUCCAUCAGAAUCAGUCUGAACCUGAGAAGAAAGUACCCCCUCCUCCUCCACCUAAGCCGAAAACUCGGCCCCAAAGCGACCCCCUCGAAAGCAGCUUUAAGGACUGUUUGAAGGAAAUGCAGAUGGACCUUAACUGUUUCAACGGAGGUCAUGGAUUUUCAACUGAUGAAAGUUCUACUGUUACGACCGAAACACCAUUCAGUAGCACAACCAUUACGAAAAAGAAAAAAAUGUUUUCCUCGUCCAGUUUCUACGAAGAGCCCGGCGCCGUGUACCCGACACUUGAAGAACAAGUGGAAAUGGCGAGGAAGAUAGCAGAUUCCUUGGCUGAUGAUUCGAAUAAAAAGUCUAAGGGAUCAAACAUGUUUUACAAGAGGCUCAAGAAAUCCUCUAAGUGGAUACACGAAGGUCCGGAACCGAGUGACGAAUCGGGUCCUGGUACCCCAGAAGUCCAGGGAGUAGAACCACCGACUCCCGAUAUUUCUCAAGUACCUUUCCGUCCCUCUAAAGGACCUCCUAAGCUAAAAUUAGUAUUAGAUCCUCGACAUCCUCUUGAUGCUGCAGCACUCAGGUCAUCUGGCCUAUCCAUCAAUGAACACAACGUAGUCAGCCCUGAAGUGUGCCAUGGCAUAGUAAAGGAUCUACAAUCACCAGUUGGCAAAGGUGCAGCUCUGUUCGCCAAGCGGAAGAAGAAGUCCGAGGAAUGGGUGGUGGACGAGGAGAAAGUGAAGGCCAUGCUCAGGGAGAACGAGAGGAAGAUUACUCCCAUCACACAACAACCGUGUUAUAAUCAGUAUUCAACUUUCUGCAGACAAGAGGUGAAGCUGGUCAAAUCCCCUUGGGAGGCGGCCAUAGAAAAUCCUUACGGAUUCAUUGACUCCGCCUUUACCCGUGUGGAUCCGGAUCAGCUGGCAGACACUGUGAUAAAAGCGGCCGAGACCAAGCGAAGGAAUUCCAAUACACCCACCGUCAGUCGCUCGACAUCCAGGCUAGAGGGGUGCAUGUCUCCACCCAUACCACCUGUGACACCUGCAGCCGCUCAGUACGACAUAUACCACGCAAAGCCACCGAGAGGGUGGAUGAGCACCGAAAGGCCAAUUGAGCCAUCUACAACCUAUCAAGCACCUGAAAGUUUUGCACCUUUGGGCAGCAUACCUGAAACAUCUUCCAAGUUCCAGAAUGGUUUCCCUACGCCCAAGAAAAUGGUCUUCCAGAAUUUCAACACAGUUCCUCGGAAGUGGAAGCCAACGGCCACUCACUAAGGGAGCAUGCCCAAGGUUACUUCAAGGACGUUCUCGAUUCUUUUGCUGAAAAAAACACAAGCAAGAAAUGUUUGGAAGCACCAUGAGAUAAUUCUCUGAAAAAUGUGAACUAUCUUCGAUAUUUCAUCUCGUCUCUCAUCGGGAGCAAAACUUCCUCAUCCAAAAUGCUUUGAAAAGUAUUCUGUUUUGUUAUGCAAAUAUAUUCAGUUGUAUGUUUUGUUCCCGAAGAAAGACAGAAUGGAAAAUGCAUUUUCGAACUGUUCAUGCGUUUUUCUUUUGAAUCCAUCCCAAGAGCUUGCUUUGUUAUAGGAAGUUAGUAUAAGAGAAUAAGUUUUAUUGGAGAAGUUGCAUCAUGUUUUUAGAUUUUUUCCUAUAAACAAUCAUUCAUUUAUUUAGUUGAAAUUAGUACUAAUUCUGAUUUAGAACGUUUCAUUUUUUUUAAUCAAAAGCAUUAAUUUCACUUACAAGAUCAACGAAUGAUGCUCAUCGGUUUGGAAAAAUAUUUUCUACAUUGUAGUAUAGUAUAUUGUAACCAACCUGAGUAUGUAUCAUACUAUAAAUGAAAUUAUGGUCAAUACGAUACAAACUAGAUUUAGUUACUUUUAAGAACUGCUUAUUUACUUUGCUUUGAUUAUUUGAGAUUGCUUUAUUUAUGUUGGCAUAUACGUCAAUGGAGGAUACAGAUCUUCAGAAGUACCAGUUACAUACAGAUACAGCAAUACUUUUUUAAUGAUAAAAAUGAGUUUAGGAAACGAAGAUGCAACUUAAAAAUAAUUAUGCAGGUUAUAAUAUGGAAAAUGCAAAUAAUCUUUUAUUUGCCAUCUUACUAUUAAUAGAAAAUUCAUUAAAUUAUGGUUAUAUCUCCACUAAAGGUUCUAAUUAAAGUACUAUGGAAAAAAUUGCAAGUUUCCAUAACUCUUUAAAAAAGCGAACAUAUAUUACAAUAAUUAACUUAAUUGAUAUUUUUAUAUAAAGAAAUGUUGAUAACUACAUUACAAGAGCCAUUUGUGAGAAAAGUUGGUGAUAAAUUUUUUUUAGAAAUACACCAUGUAGUAUUUUCAGGUAAAAAUCUGUAAUAUUUUGUGUUAAGUAUUAGUGAAGGGAUGUACUUGAUUUAUUUCUGUUGUAAUAAAAGAAAUAUCUAAGUA